AUGUCUCAAGCUCAACUUGCAGAACUAGCAAUAUGGGAAAAGGCUCAAUUUAAUAAUACCUAUGAUAAUAAUAACAAUCCUGCUGAUUUAAGUAAAUUUGAACUUUCUUCAGAUCUCGAUACAAAAUUUGAUUUUGAAGGUCAAGAAAUUUCACCCAUGCUUUCACCACAUAAUAUGUUACCUCGUUUUGUUUCAUAUCCUAUUUUUACAUAUCCCACCACAAAUUCAACCACCCUGUCCACAGCUGCUGCCACCACUCAACUACGGCCUAUCACCAUCAAUCCAUCCUCCAACUCUUCAACUGCUGUUACUACUCCUACCAACUUUCCUCCUAUAUUUUCUGCUUCAACAGGUACAGUAGCUAUUCCAGGAAAUUUAAUUGAUAAUAGCAGUAAUAGUAGUAACGGAUCUAAAACUAUUUCAACAAACCAAAAAAUUUCCCUGCCAAAAUCACUUCAAGCAUCUCCAAAUACAUCUACUGCAACUGCUGCUCCCGGCAACACACAAUCUAAUGAUAAAUCGACUAAUAACGAUUUAGAAUCAACUAAUUCUGAUAAUGCUGCAAAAUUAGCAGCCGAAGAAGAUAAGCGAAGAAGAAAUACUGCUGCAUCAGCCAGAUUUCGCAUUAAAAAGAAAUUACGUGAACAGGCACUCGAGAGAACAGCAAGAGAAAUGACUUUAAAGGCAGAUAUGCUCGAAGGGAAAAUCAAGGAACUUGAAUUGGAAAAUAAAUGGUUAAGAAGUUUAAUUGUUGAAAAAGAUGCUAGGUUGUUGGAUGUUAAACCUGUUGCUGAUUUAGAUGAUGUAAUUGUACCCGAUGAUAAAAGUAAAAAUAAAAACAAUAAAAUGGUAGCAAUUGAACAAGAUUAUAAAAAAUCAAAAGAUGACAAAUCUUUUAAAAAGGUCAAGUGA